ACAUCAAUUAAAUUCAACAGCCAUAUCAUUUAUUUCACUAAAACUUUAGAAUCUGUAGUAUUUUGUACUGCACCUAGCUUAUUCCACUGCCCUGGUAUAUUAUCCUGAUGUAACUGUUAUUUGCUCUAAUGAACUGCCUCAAUAUUAGCAUUUAAUUUCUUAGCAGACCUCCUUAUCCACGGUGACUUACAAUUGUUACAAUUAUAUCACAUUAUUUUAUUUAUAUACAAUUACCCAUUUAUACUGUUGGAGCAAUCAAGGUAAAGUACUUGCUUGCUCAAGUGUACAACAGCAGUGUGUCCCCCACCUGGGAUUGAACCCACAACCGUCCAGUCAAGAGUCCAGAGCCCUAACCACUACUCCACACUGCUAUGGACUGUGUUUUGUAUCCGUUUUUCUCUAUGUAUUUUUUCUUUACAAAUAUAUGUCACUCUGGGUAAGGGGGGCAUCUAAGAAAUAAUUAAUAGCCUUCAAACUGUCAAUCUAUUACCAAACUGUAUUUAAAGAAAAUAUAAAUAUAUAAAAACAAUACACACACCUUACUUCAAAACUUGUUGCAACAUAUGGUAUUCUGAUUUUGAACACAAGGGGCAGCAGUGUGGAGCACUGGUUAGGGGUGCUCUGGACUCCUGACCUUGAGUGGGGGUUCAAUCCCAGUUAGGAUUGAUACAGACAGAGCUAGCUACUGUAGAUAGACCCUUGAGCAAGCAGGCAGGAACUUUACCUCUUAUAUUGCUCUAGUAAAAAUCCAACUGUAUAAAAGGGUAAUUGUAGGUGCAGAGCACCACACACACACACACAGGUGGGCACAUGCACACACAAGCAGGCACACACACACAGACACACACACACAGGCAGGCACACGCACACACAGGGAGGAACAAAAACACAGACACUCACACACACACACACACACACACACAAAAUAAAGGUUUGUAUGACCCUCUCAUUGAGAUUGGUGUAUUGAAACUCCUUGAUUUCGCCUUUAACACAGGUAGAAAGCAGAAACAAAAAAGUGGUUUCAUUGCUUAACUCACCAUUUCCUGUUCAGACAGAUUGAAAUGUCACAAAGCCAGUGUAAGCCACACCUACACCCAAGGAAACAUUUAAAGGUGGCUGCUACUAGAGAAAGACACAUCAUUUUUGAAACCCAAAACUAAAAAAGGAUUCCCAGCCUCAUUCCAGAUCGCCAUCAAACCAUGAACACCUCCUCUUCUCCCUUCCCCUCCCUCACCUCUCGCCCUCCCUCCUCCUCCUCCCUGAGCUCCUCUGAGAUAGUGGGCACUCUCUUCCUGGGCUUGGCGUUUGUUCUGGGUUUCCCAGGGAACCUGUUUGUGGUGUGGACGGUGCUGUGCCGUGUGGCUCGUCGCUCAGUCACCUGCCUGCUGGUGUUGAAUCUGGCCGCGGCCGACGCCCUGGUCCUGCUCAGCGCUCCCUUCUUCAUACGCUACUUGGUCGGGGGACGGGGAUGGGAGUUUGGCUCGUCCUUCUGCAAGCUGGUUCAUUACCUCUGCAGCGUCAACAUGUACGCCUCCAUCUUCCUCAUCGCCGCCAUGAGCCUCGACCGCUUCCUGGCUGUGUCCCGCCCCUUCCUGUCUCAGCAGCUUCGCACCAAGAGGGCUCUACUGAAGAUCCUGCUGCUCAUCUGGAGCCUGGCCUUCCUCUUUGCCAUCCCCAUGCCCUUCUACCGCAGAGUUUCCCUGAAAGGUGGGCUGGAAUACUGCAUACCAUUCCACAGUGAUCCAAAGCACAUGGUUUUCCAAUACCUGAUGGAGAUCUUAAGUUUCCUGGUUCCGUUUUCCAUUAUCCUCUUCUCGUCUCUUUACAUUUUCAGGAAAUUAAGAAACACCGUGUUUGAGAAUAAAAGCAAACAGAUAAUCCUUCCCGUUGUGGUUGCUUUCUCUGUCUUUUGGAUGCCCUACCACAUCGUGAACCUGAUCCAGGUUUCAGGAGCCUUAGCUGGGGAAAAAUCAAUGAACAACUCCCUCCUUGGAGCUGCCGAAACUGCCAGGCCCUACGUGACGGCUUUUGCUUUCUUCAGCAGCAGCGUCAACCCAGUUCUCUACGCCUUCAUUGGGAGGUCCUACAUCCGCUCGGACGGCAUCAAUUUCAUAGCUAUCAUGCUGGAACAAACUAAUUCUGAAUUGCAGGGCUCAAGGUUAUAACCAACCAAGUGGAGAAAGACUGAAGGGCUCACACAGUCUUCAGAAAUUCAGCAGAGACACAAACACUUAAAGGAACCUUAUGUAUAGAUUGUAUGGGUGGAGCAUCUGAUGGUUGAAUGUGCUAAAUGCGAGAAGCUUUGUGGAAGGAUAUUUGGGCUUUUAAUAUUUCAGAUAGGCACGCACGGUGGCAUGGUGGUUAGCACUGCUGCCUUACAGCUCCAGGGUCCUGGGUUCAAUUCUGACCUUCAAGGGUCUGUCUGCGUGGAGUUUGCAUGUUCGUCCUAUGUUCAUGUAGAUUUUCUUCAGGUACUCCGGUUUCCUCUCACAGUCCAUAGAGAUGAUGUUCAUGUUGAUCGGUCACUCUGAAUUGCCCUCUGUUUGUGUGUGUGUGUGUUUGUGGUACCCUGCGAUGGACUGGCGUCCCGUCCAGGGUGUAGUCCCACCUUGCGCUGUGUCUGCCGGGUAGGCUCUGGCUCACAUCGACCCUCUAAGGGAUUACAUGGUUAUGAUAAUGGAUGUGUGGAUAUUUCAAAUAAUUUCUGCAAGGAUAGCAUAGGUCAUGAAAAUAAAAUUGAUAAUAAUUUUGUAUUGUAUGACAUUGAAGCAACUGGUACAAAUUUUCCACAGUUAAAAAAAAAGAAAUAAAAAGUUUAUUUUA